UGUUUGUAUUUUCCGACCCGAAGCAUCGUGAACGAAGUAUAUAAAGAGUCAAAAAGCCCCAGUACCACCCACCCUCAACACAAGUGCAACACUUUCUCAAAAGAACCAUCACAGACCAAACAAAUCUCUCAUCACAAAAACUCCCCCGCAACGAUGCCCUCCCACAAAUUCCACCCCUCAGAAUACGCCAAAUUCGACCAAACACACACCUGGAUCGAAACCUCCCUCGUCCACCAAUCCUCCGCCCAGCUCUCCUGUCUCGCCACCAACGAAGCCUCCCACUUAGACGCCAUAGACGUCGCCCCCAACGAAGGAAAGCUCCUGUACCUCCUCACCAAACUCGCCAAGGCGAAACGCGUCCUUGAGAUCGGCACCCUAGGCGGCUAUUCCGCGCUCUGGUUCGCUAAAGCGGUUGCACCUUUGGGCGGCAAGGUUGUUUCUCUCGAACUGAGUCCUAAGCAUGCGGAAGUUGCUAGAAAGAACUUCGAGAAGGCGGGAUUUGGAGAGGUAGUCGAAAUCAGGGUUGGGAAAGCGGUAGAGACGUUAGAGAAGAUGGGGAAGGAGGGAGAGGGGGAGUUCGAUGUCGUGUUUAUUGAUGCGGAUAAGGAGAAUAACGUGAGAUAUCUGGAGUGGGCGGUGAAGCUUGGGAAGGUGGGGACAUUGGUGGUGGUUGAUAAUGUGGUGAGGCAGGGGAAGGUGCUUGCAGAUGGGGACGCGGCGAGUGAGGGGGUUAGGAGGGCUUUUGAGUGGAUGGGGGGGAAUAAGAGGUUGGAAGCUACGGCUAUUCAGACGGUGGGGCCGAAGGGGUGGGAUGGGUUUGCUGUUGCGGUGGUUGUUGAGGGAUGUCUCGGAUCUGAUGAAUGGGCGAAGAAGGGAAAGAAGCUGGAGGCCUUCGAGGACUCAAUGAAAUAUUUCAAAGCAUGGCAGAUGGUGAAGGACAUAGUCUAG